ACACACACACACACACACACACACACACACACACACACACACACACCCAAAAGUAAGAGUGCCUACCUUACCUAAGAUGUCAAAGUGCCGUAUCUACCUGAACUGACCUUACGUACAUGACGGGGACGCAAGGCAGGUGUCAUUGUUAAACGUGGCUGCCGUGAAGCCCAGUACGGCAAGAACGGGGACGUACCUAAGGUAAGACGUGACCCACGGGAAGUGGGGGCCAAAACCCCCCCCAAGCUGGGAAGGCAGUCACGCACCCCAGCGUCAAUGGAAAGUGGAAACGCGGCCCCAAAGAAGAAGUCGUGCUUGCCUUGCCCUUUUGCUGUGCCGCUGCCCGCGCCCGCAUCCGCUCGCCGCUUCCCCGUAGCCCGUUCCCCGUUUCCCGUUUCCCGUCUCCCGUGUUCGCAACUACCCACCACCCCCCCUCCUUCCUCCGCUUACACACUUCCAGAGUUCCAUAGGUACCUAUACGCCCUUCCUUUCCGUCCGUUUGUUCAGCCCCCGAACCGUGUCCAAGCUACUACCACCACCACCACCGCCAGCCCGAGAGUCGGCUCACCUUGCCUCGGUACGUACCUUGGGCUCGGUGAGCUCAUUGCCUGAUUGGGCAACAAGCUCUUUUGCUUUUCGUCUACCCGUCCACCGUCCGCGCCGUCCGUUAUUUUCCUUUUUUUUUCUUCGCCCUUUUCUUCAAGCGCACCAACGGGAGGAAAGCAGACAGCUUUGAUCGAUAUAUUCCAUUAGUAUCGUUUAGAAGAUCACUCAACGGCCCCAGCGUCGAUCAAUCUUUUGAAAGGGAAAAAAAGAAAAUACUAAAGGAGG